AUGGCCGGUGCUCUGCGAGGAGUCUGUCUGAGAUCUAAUGAGACCAUCAAACGAUGGUGUGCUACCCUUCCACCAGUUAAGUGCCAUCUCGAGAAGGUAGAGGUCCAUAGGCCGAUCUUGUUCAUCUAUCGAAACCGGAAGAGCGUGAUCAUUGGACGGAAUCAGAAUCCAUGGCAAGAAUCAAAUCUAGAAGAACUAGAUCGACGGGGGAUAUCAUUAGUGAGAAGACGUAGUGGAGGAGGAACAGUCUAUCAUGAUGAAGGCAACACGAACUAUUCGGUGAUGCUACCUCGGGACCAAUUCGAGCGACAAACGAAUGCGAGAUUGGUUGCGAAGGCGGUCGAGGACAUGGGGAUCGAUCGGGUGAAUGUGACGGACCGAUAUGAUGUCUGUGUGGGCGAUCGAAAGGUCUCUGGAUCCGCGUUCCGGAUCACCAACAAAAGGGCCUACCAUCAUGGGACGAUGUUGAUCAGUUCCAACCUGGCUCAACUCAAGGGCGCCCUACGUCCGACCCCCAACAUCAAAAUCGUGGAUUCGAAAGCGGUCGGGUCUGUUCGUUCCCCAGUCACUAGUCUCGUCGAUUCGGUCACUCAAGACAUCAACCAUCUCCGCUUCGUUCACAACCUUUCCCUCGCAUUCUCCAAACAUUAUUAUCCCGCAUUGGAACAUCAACCCGUGUCUCCUCAGAUCAUCGGCGAAUCCGAAUUGGAAAAUAAUCCGUUCGUCCGAGCUGGAUACGAUGAAUUAAAGUCAUGGAAUUGGAUCUAUGGACAAACCCCUCAAUUCACCCGGCUAUUCGAGAUUGCUAGUGAUGAUGAUGAUCAUCAGAGUGAAACCAUCCCUGUUGAAGUCACUUAUAAGAAUGGAGUGAUUGUAGAGAUCAAGUUCGAUGAAUUAGAUACGCCUCCUUCCAUCCAACAUAAGAUUUCUACUUUGUUUUCUUUGGCCGAUUCGAUCGAUUUUUGA